GUUCGGUUGCGUGGUCGCGCCAUGCCACCCUAAACUACUAUCAGAGCCGUCCGCAUGUCACCGACGCGCUUCUAACUGACCGGAAAAUUUUGAAUUUCCAAUUUCAUUUUUAAAUCAGCGGACCAAUGAAAAAGUGUAGUUACGAGCUAACUGUGUAUCAAAAUAGUGUUGUAAUAAACAUAAUAUCUGGUGUUAUUAAUCAUAACGAUGAGUAACGUGUGAAAAUAUCUGGUGACCUUUCAUGUGUGACAGGUGACAGUGAUUAAGUGCAGGGUGACAAGUACUCGUAGAUACUAGUGGAGAUAGCGUGUGAUGUGAUGAUGCGACGGGGUAAAGCGUUGCUGGAAGGCAGCCGGCAGGGCUCAGUCGACGGCAAUAGUAAUGUGUCCAAUGAUAAGGAGCUGGUACAUAAGUGCCACAGUGACCCUGGUGGGGGAAUGGCACUGGGAGCAGCACCCAGGCCUCACAGACAUCGAUCGGCCUCAGGCGCGCCAAGGAAAUGCGUUCUAACGCUAGAUGGAUACUCGUAUGUUAUUGUGGCGAGUCCGCCGGGCGGCGCGGGCGCUCCGCGGGAGGAGGCACCCCGCCCGCCGCCGCCCCCCGCGCCCCGCAACGGCACAUCCCCCAAACAAGGCGCGCUCACAAUAGUCCGUCGAUCAUCCAGUCGAAAUAAGAGCGAGAGCUGCUCGACGCCCACCGACGAGCAACUCGAUCAGCUCGACUUGGACACAGAACACUUGCCCGCCGUCGACACGCCCGAUGCCUGUGACAAAGCCGCACUUAGAUUACGCUAUCUCCUAAGACAAUUAAACAGAGGUGAAAUUUCAGCGGAAACUCUGCAAAAGAACCUACAAUAUGCAGCGAAAGUCCUCGAAGCCGUUUACAUAGAUGAAACCAAACCGGCAGUGGCGCGCCAGCAGUCGGCCCCAACCCUCGUGUUUAGACGACUGGCCGAUGAAGAUGACGAGCUAUCGGAAGUGCAGCCAGAUGCCGUCCCACCUGAAGUUCGGGAGUGGCUGGCAUCCACAUUCACGAGACAGUUGGCGACUUCGAAGCGGAAGUCGGAUGAGAAGCCAAAGUUCCGGUCUGUGGCGCACGCGAUCAGAGCUGGCAUUUUCGUUGACAGGAUUUACAGAAGGGUCACAAGUACGGCCCUUAUGCAGUUCCCGCAAGAUGUUGUGAGAGUUUUAAAGACUUUAGACGAAUGGUCUUUUGACGUAUUCGCGCUACAUGAUGCAGCCAGUGGAGCGCCUGUCAAGUACCUCGGUUACGAACUCCUGAAUAGAUAUGGAAUGAUCCACAAAUUCAAGGUCCCACCAACAAUUUUGGAGAACUUCCUCAGCAGGAUAGAGGAAGGCUACUGCAAAUUCCACAAUCCUUACCACAAUAACCUUCAUGCAGCGGAUGUAGCACAGACCGUGCAUUACAUGCUUUGUCAGACUGGCCUUAUGAACUGGUUGUCGGACUUGGAGAUCUUCGCUACUUUAGUAGCGGCAGUCAUCCAUGACUUCGAGCACACUGGCACUACAAAUAACUUCCAUGUGAUGUCUGGGACUGAUACAGCGUUACUGUAUAAUGACAGGGCGGUGCUGGAAAAUCAUCACAUCAGUGCUGCUUUCAGGCUAAUGCGCGAUGAAGAAUGCAACAUCCUCCAGAAUCUGUCCCGUGAUGAAUUCCGCGAAUUCAGAACACUAGUGAUCGACAUGGUUCUGGCUACAGACAUGUCAUUCCACUUCCAGCAGUUGAAGAAUAUGAGGUCUUUGCUGACACUCGCGGAGCCGACUGUCGACAAGUCCAAGGCGGUCUCACUGGUGCUACAUUGCUGUGAUAUAUCACAUCCAGCAAAGAGAUGGGACCUCCAUCAUCGAUGGACAAUGAGCCUUCUGGACGAGUUCUUCCUGCAAGGCGACAAAGAACGUGAUCUGGGUCUUCCAUUUAGUCCUCUCUGCGACAGAAACAAUACCCUAGUGGCGGAAUCUCAAAUCGGGUUCAUCGAGUUCAUUGUAGAACCUAGCAUGGGAGUCUGCGCCGAUAUGCUCGAGUGUAUACUGGGGCCUUUGCAUUCCAGUGCUAAAAACUCUACCAGCACAACGGCCAACGCCAUCAAUGAAGAAAAUGCAGGGAGCGAAAGUAGCAAAUUCAAGAUUAGAAAACCAUGGGUGGCCUGUCUCAGUGACAAUAAGAAAAUAUGGAAGGAACAAGCUACAAAAGAUGCAGAAGCCCGAGCUAAACAGGAAGAGGAGACCAACAGUGCUGCAGCGGAAACAGAAGAAUAAUAUAUGGCCACACUUGUAAAUAGCAUUAAAUCUAGUUGUUACAACGUAUUCUAUUCUAUGUUGAAAAAAUAAAAGACGAUGUCAUUCAUGCGUCGUCGCUUCUUAUUGUUGUUGCUAAAGGUGUGUUCACGCACAAAUGUAAAACUUGAUAGCACAAGCGGAUAGCCUGAUUGUAAAAUAACUCUAUGUGGAAGACAACAUAGUGAGCCAAUUUCUAAAUAGGUGUUCUACUGCUGAGCGGUACUCGCCCGUAGUUUAAGAUAUUUGUUGUGAUUUGUCGUCAUUUUCUUUAGAUUAUAUACCUAAUAAAAUUCAUUGUCCGUUUUAAUAGUCGUUAGUAAGUUCUUUCUCUCUACAAUAUUGUAAAUACCAUUGAGGUAUUAUGUACUAAUUUACUAGAGAAGACGCUGUGGUGCAGCACAGACAUAAUGCAGACAGUCUAAAUGUGGCUCUGAUCAAUCUAAUAAACUCCGACUAAACUAUUCUUAUUUACUACAUACCUACUACGAAUUGUAAUUUGUUACGAAUGAGAAAUAAGUUAGAUAUCUUUGUAAAAGUAACAUUAUAUAUAUAGAUAGUAUUUAAUUGACGUUUUCAUUUGAGACUUUUUUAAAUUGUAAUGUUUUGUAAACGGUAUUAUGUAUAAAUAUCGUGAUUAAACAAUGUGUAUAUUUUUUAUUUUAUUCAAUAAUAUAUGUAAAUACAUUCAAUUAUUCGUAUAGUAGUUGUACAGUAUUUAUCUUAAUACAUAUUCAGCACAUUUUGUGUAAAUAAUUAAAUUUAAUUCAAUUCAUGUUAUUUACUCAAACAUGUAAACAUUAAGAUUUAAAAAUUAUAAAUAUUCCAAACAUGCCCUGCCGUUUCCGGCAUGUUAAAAUUACAAUAAUAUUUUGUAAAUGUCAUCAUUAUUAAAAAUUAUAUCAUUCUAAAUUACUGAAUGUAACAUCCAAAUACAAUCUAAAUGAGCCUACGUGUCAAAUGCAUGCAACUGUUUGUGGCGACUCAUUGAUGAAUGAAGAAGCUUGAAGCGAGAAAUACCAUACCUCUUUACAAUUUUAAGAAUAGAUAUGUUUAACGAUUCACAUGAUGAGUCGAGAUUCCAGACGCCCAUCCUAUUUGCUCCUAGUUCUUUCCAUACCCGCUACUUACGCAGCUGGAAACUGACUUACAAUUCCUCUGGUUUUGCCGUAGUGUGCAGCAAGUAGAUAUGCCCACUCUUUUACCACAAUGCUAUAGUCUAUUUUAGUUAUAUUGUAAUUUGUACGUUAGUACAUUGUACUUCAAUGGUAAAAAAUAACCCAAAGUGUAUAAAUGGCAAGGUUACCUUAUGACAGAUUCUAGUGACCACCCACGCCUAUAGGAAAUAACAUCGUUGAUUAGCAACUUUGGAUCCACGUGACGUCAUUUUUCCCGCUAACUGCCUUUUAAACCCAUAAUUAUAUCGCUUACUAUUUAAAUAAAUAAGUAAAAUCUUUUCAUAUAUUGCUUACGUUAUCAUCUCACUAUAUAGAAUGCUUUUCUCUAAUCACGAAUUAUAAAUAUAUGUAUCUAUCUAACUUUGUAUAUAAUAGACAGUUUCGAAACAUUGUAUGAAAUUUAAAUUAUAGAUUAUAAGAUGACAAUUAUGUGUACUCAACUAAGGUACUUUUGUAAAAAGUUUUCUGAGUGGUGGUCUACCUAAUUGACUAAUCACGGGCAUUAUAAUAUCCUGAUAAUGUUACCACUUACCAUCAGGUGGACUAUCAACUUGUUCCAUUCAAAUAGCUUAAGACUGUAUGAAAGAUUGUUUUUUUUUAAGUUAUGAAUUUAGUCUCUAA